AUGGGCAACGCCGCCACCAAAGAAAUUCAGCAACAACAACAACAUCAUCAUCAUAAUCAUCACAGGCAAAGAGCUUCAUCUCUCACAGAUCCAGAUGAUAUCCUAAACUUUGCUUCUACUACUUCUGCUUCUGCUUCUUCUGCUGCUGUUGCUGGUUCUUCCUCUUCUUCGUCAACACCUUCAACUUCUUCUUCUUCUUCAUCUCGCCGUAGAAGAGCUUCUUCUUCUGUAAAUACAGAUACUCUACAACAUCAUCAUAGAAAGGGCAAAUCUAAAAAACAACAUCCUCCUCCUGAACCUGUCCAAAUCUUGGUUUUAGACACUUCAGAAACUGUAGAUGGAGGUUAUUUACAACCACAAGGUGUUUAUACUGGGCCUCAAGAUUUUAAAUAUAAAGUAGUGCGACAACUUAUUAUUGAUAGGAAAAUUGCACCCUUUUAUAAAGGCCUAAAUGAUUAUAAACAAUCUUGGUCGGAUAGACAGCUCUUGGCUGCUGUCCGUGGAUUGCCCAUUCCAGAAGAUGCAAAUUCAAAUAACAGUACUAGUAAUAACAAUAAAAACAACCAACUUACUGAAGGAUCUACUUUAUCCCAAAAUAUCUCACAACAACAAGACACUGAUAACGUUACAACAACAACUUCACAAACUUCCUUCUCCUCCUCUGGAUCUUUGGCUGUACCAUCCAUAUCAACAGCAUCAACAUCUCUAGAUAUCGACCUCCCAGUCCCAACUUCCAUUGCUGAAGACUUGGUAGAUUCUCCAGAUGCCCUCAUCCCUCUCAUGCCAGCAACUUCAUCUUCUGCUCCAUCCCAUAGUUUUAUGCCAAAAGAUUCACUCAAUAAUGUUUCGCAUUCCACUUCUACAUAUACUUCUAUAACACCACCACCACAUGCCCAUAUUCACUAUCAGCCCAUUCAUCAACCUUACAAGGAUAUUUCUACUAGUUCUAGUAGUAAUAAUACUAAUACUAAUACUACUACUACUACUAAUACAAAUACUAAUACUAAUACUACUACUACUAUUAGCACAACAACUACUGCAUCAUCACCCCCUCUAACAAUAUCGCCUACUUCUGCUUCACCAAUCACCCGCUCAAGAGCAAAUACAACCUCCCGCUAUGGUCCAAGCCCUCUAGGUGCUCCACAAAAACCUCCCACAGAAGUUCUCGUCUACCGUGGAGCCAUUGAGUGUCCCAUUUGCUUUCUCUACUAUCCUAAAUACCUCAACCUUACUCGUUGUUGUGCCCAACCAAUCUGUACAGAAUGCUUUGUCCAAAUCAAGCGCCCUGACCCACACCCACCACAUGAUGAUCACGAAAAUAAUGACAAUAAUAAUACCUCAUCAACUCCUAACCAAAAUCUUCUUGCAGCAGAACCAAUGCUCGUAUCAGAACCAGCAUGUUGUCCCUAUUGUAUGAUUCCAGACUUUGGCAUCACCUAUACUCCAUGUCCCUAUCGCUCAGGCUUGGAACCUAAAAAACAACAUUCAGGUCCUACAGGUGUUGCUAGUCUCUUACCUCUUGCAAAUAUCUUUUCUCUUAAAGACGAUGCUUCUUCUGUUGCAUUGGAUGACUCGGCUAUAGAAAGCUCUCCUUCCCCUGGUAAUACUCCAGCCUCUUCUACAUCGGCAUUAUCAUCAACCUUGUCCUCCUGCUCCUCACCAACAUCCACAGUCACUGCCACAAAACGCCGUGGCUCAAUACCUGCAAACUCUCCAGAUGUCGUUACAAUUGAUAGAAUUAGACCCGACUGGAGUAUCAAACUUGCAGCUGCACGAGCUCAUGCUGCACGCAAAGCUGCACAGGCCACGGCUCUCCAUGCCAGCGCAUUUCUAUUGGAUAAUAAUCAACCAGACUCUACAAGUGGAGGCCGGUCACGAGGAUCACGAGGAAGCACCAGCCGUGGGUUGGGAUCAAGUGGAGGAAAUAGACGACGAAGUUCAGCCAGUGCAAAUAAUGGUCGAGGGGGGUCAGCUGUAGAAAAUAAUCCUAGAAUUCAGCAAUUGGAAGAUAUUAUGGUGAUGGAGGCGAUUCGGUUAUCAUUGAUUGAGGAGGAAAGUCGGAAGCUGAAGGAGCAGCAGGCUAGCUCUGACGGCGCCCCGGCUGUAACAGGUCCAUAA